GCCUGUGGAAGCUGGAGAAGGGAUUUUCUGGAAAGAUCGCUCCGUCGUUUCUGCUGAUCGGAAGGGAGCAACAUAGAGGAAGAAAGAAGAAACAGAAAGAUCUAGGUUAUAAAUGCGGUUCGGAUCCAAAAUGAUGCCUAUGUUUCUCACUGUGUUCCUGAGGAACAACGAUCAACAUUACACAGAGGUACCAAUCACUCCAGAUACCACGUGUCGAGAUGUUAUUGGUUAUUGCAAAGAACCAGGAGAGAGAGACUGUUAUUUGGCUGAGCGUUGGCAUGGUGCUGAGCGUGUCAUAGCAGAUAAUGAGCGUAUAUAUGAUAUUCUACAACAGUGGGGUGUUCAAAGAAAGGAUGUUUGUUUCUAUCUGCGCCAUGAGCGUCCACCAAGCACAACCAGGGAUGCAGGCUGUCUGAGACCCCAAGAUCCAACGCUGAAGAGAAAUCGAGCCCAGGGUACGAUGGAUAGACAGAUGGAAAAUGGUGUCAGUGGGCCACGUAUGGACAUGACGCUUGCGGAACUACAGGAGAUGGCAACUCGGCAGCAACAGCAGAUUGAUUCCCAGCAGCAACUUUUGGCAACAAAGGAACAACACCUGAGAUACUUGAAACAGCAGGACCAUCGGGAGCAACAGGCAGCAGAGCAAGAGAAGCUACAAAAGCUUCGUGAGAUUGCUGAGUGCCAGGAAGCCAAAUUAAAGAACGUAAGGUCUCUUAAAGGGCAAGUGGAACAAAACCGGCUUAGCAAUGGAAAGCUGGUUGAGGAGAUUGAACAGAUGAAUAGUCUCUUCCAACAGAAGCAGAGAGAGUUAGUUGUUGCUGUUGCGAAGGUGGAGGAGCUCACCAGGCAACUGGACAUGUUGAAAAAUGGAAAGAUUGAUGGUUAUCAUGACAACCAAUCUGUUGUUGCUGAGCUUGAUAGACUCUACAAAGAGUUGCAGGCAAGAAAUAAACUAAAUCAAGAGCAGAAUGCAAAGCUUCAGCAUCAAAGAGAGUCCUUAAACAAGCGUAAUUCUGAAGUUGCAUCAAUGGACAGACGUAUUGGGGAUCUGCGUGAGCGCUUGUGGAAAAAGAAGGCAGCAUUACAACACAAAGAGAAUGUGCCAGUUUCAUCCGAUAAGAAUGUCCCUCAACAAGCAGUAUCUUCUGCACCCAGCCGAGUUGCUGCAGUUGGACCCUACAUCCAGUCGUCCACCUUGCCUCGUGCCCCACAGAAACUUGAACUUCUGGUAAAGCCAGCCUUUCCCAAUGGAUCAUCUACUCUACCGAAUGUGCAAGUACAUGCAGUGAAUGCUCAGACUCCUGUGACCAAAUCUGGAGUUUCUCCAGUUAAAACACCUGGUGCUUGCAUUGGGUCUCAGACGCCUUUGCAGACACCACCUCAGGCUCUUCCCGAACGGAAUGAAUUGAUUGUUGGGGUCCCUGUUCGUCAACCUGCAGCUUCCUUGAGUACCGGUACCUCAAACUUAGCUAGAGGAGCAUCAAUAUCCAACACAUGUCAAGUGGGUGAUGGUGAUGUUGUGAUGAGAGACAAGAAUGAUAAGAGAGUUCGUUGCUUCUCCAUGUUUGAAUCCAUGGAUCCUCCUACAGGAAUUCCAUCUACUGGAACAUUAAGGAAAAACCAAAGCAGUGAGGACCUUCUGCGGGAAGUUCAGAUUGCUAACAAGAAUGUUGUUAAAGUACCACCCCCUGUCCCUUCCAAACCAAAACAGAUUUCCUUACCUUAUUUUGGACCAUCUAAUUUAGCUGCUAUAGCAGAGAAUAAGCCUGAGUCAAUUACUCAAAAGUUGCCUGGGAACGUAGGAACCUUAGUCAAUAAACUGAAACCAACGCAAACUUCAGGACCACAGCAUUGUGCUUCAAGUGUGCAAAUUCAUUCUUCUCCAGAGGCGCCACCUGCCGCUACAGUACGACCUUUCACCCCACAACCAUCUAAAGAACCUCCACCCCAACCCCUGAAAAAACCAGAGACAGUGGCUGCAAGUUCUAUUUACACAAUGUACACACAACAACAGGCACCAGGCAAAAACUUCCAACAGGCUGUUCAGAGUGCAUUGACCAAAGUACAGACACGGCCUCAAUUCACAAGUGUGUAUGGCAAACCAGUUAUUCCUGGAUCCUCUCAGAAUUACGUAGGCAAUCAACAUCAAAAUGACCAGGAGAUUAGUAGUACAUAUUCAAAGAACCAAGAUAAACCAGAUGGUCCUGAUUCUGAGACUGAUAAUGCUGCAUCUCCAGCAGACCAUUCGGAGACUGAACGCAUUCCACGACCACUGAGCCCUACAAAGCUCCUGCCUUUUAUGUACAAUCCAUACCGAAAUCAGAGUGAUGCUGACUUGGAAGCAUUAAGGAAAAAACUGUCCAAUGCUCCCAGGCCACUAAAAAAGCGUAGCUCUAUUACAGAACCAGAGGGACCAAAUGGACCUAAUAUUCAGAAGCUGCUGUACCAGCGCACGACACUGGCUGCUAUGGAGACUGGUAGCCCAAUGCCAUUCUACCAGCCAAAACAGCCUGCUCUUUUAUCUGCAGAAGCAAAUGUUGUUGAUGAAAGCACAGAUCACGGUAUUAAACUAGAGGAAGACUCUACAACUGUAACAAAUAUUCCUUCAGAUCAGUCUGAAUUAAUUCUGAAGAAGGAAGCUGAAACCCCAGAUGCUGAAGAACACGUUUCAUCUUCUCCGCGUGGUUCUUUUCUGGAGGGACAGAUACCAACAUCUUCUGUUCUGUCUUCUGUGGAAGAGCACCAAAGUGAAGAUAGCCCACACUCUUUAGAAGAAUUAACAGACGAAUAUCCCCCAUACCCCCCACCUCCAUAUCCUAUUACUGGUGAACAUGAGAAUAUAGGAGAUGAUACUUUUAAUAUGCGCGCACCUGAAAUUACUGGACAUACCAUCUUGCCACCUGGAAAGAGGACAAAUCUGAAAAAGCUAGGCUCGGAACGUAUUGGUCAUGGAAUGAGAGUUAAGUUCAAUCCUCUAGCACUGUUGCUUGAUUCUUCUCUGGAAGGUGAAUUUGAUCUAGUCCAGCGCAUUAUUUAUGAGGUGGAGGAUCCUAGCCAACCAAAUGAUGAAGGAAUUACAGCCCUACAUAAUGCUGUCUGUGCAGGUCACACAGAAAUUGUGAAGUUCUUAGUACAGUUUGGGGUAAAUGUUAAUGCAGCAGAUAGUGAUGGAUGGACCCCUUUGCAUUGUGCAGCCUCCUGUAAUAAUGUGCAAGUUUGCAAGUUCCUAGUUGAAUCUGGAGCAGCAGUAUUUGCUACAACCUACAGUGACCUGCAGACUGCUGCUGAUAAAUGUGAGGAAAUGGAGGAGGGUUAUAUCCAAUGCUCUCAGUUUCUAUAUGGUGUGCAAGAGAAAAUGGGCAUAAUGAACAGAGGAGUAGUGUAUGGUCUGUGGGAUUAUGAAUCUCAAACUGAAGAUGAGUUACCAUUUAAGGAAGGAGACUGUAUGUCAAUUAUCCGGCGAGAAGAUGAAGUUGAGAUUGAAUGGUGGUGGGCACGACUAAAUGAUGGGGAAGGAUAUGUGCCGCGCAACUUACUUGGUCUUUAUCCAAGGAUUAAACCAAGACAGCGAACUCUGGCAUAAAGUGCUUGUGUGAAAACACUACAGAUGAAGACCACAAACCCUGUACCAAUUCAAAUCCACAAAAUGUCUGCAUUAAAAUGGUGACCUCCAGACUAAAUGAAGGAAAAUUCAAUGGACAUAGUGAAUGCUUCUGUAAUGAAGUGAGCAUUUUUUUGUUGUUCAGUGUUAAUAAUCACCUAAUAUAAAUGGUGAACUGAAGGUUUUUUUUGACAAAGCUGUUUAUUUUGGUGCAUUUAAAAUACUUUGUAGAUUUAGAACAUUGUAAGAGACUUAAAGUAGAUAAAAGCACAGAUAAUGAGGUAAAGAAUCAACAAUCUUAAUUUGUUUUCCCUCCAACUUAGGUUAAAAUACAGAAUUUUUACUGCUGUUGUUAUAUUGGAAGGGUGCUAACUGUAUGCAGGAGUUGUUUGGUUGUUUUAUGGUAUGAAUAAUCAAACCAGCUUAGUUUACUGGAAAUGUUUUAGAGAGACUGAAAUAGGAUGUUUUCUGAGCAGAAUUUGGAUUCUUGUUUAAAAUAGCUCCAUGUCGGAUUGCAGAAAAUUCAAGCAUUAAUGCCCUUAGCUUAGCUUAUAAUCAUUUUUUUUGUAACUAAUCAACAAUGAUUGUCAUCUAGACAUCCUUCUCUUGAGUAUAAUGUAACCAUGGCAUUGCACAUUCCAAAGCAUGCAUCCAGAAUUUUGAAAGCAAAGUGUGUUAAGCUCUUUCAAAGCUUGUUUUCAUAAUUUAAUCUGACACAGGCUCAACAUAGUAUUUUGAAGAUGACACUACAAUUUGUCUUGCUAAAACCUGUUUGUGUUUCAGACUGCAUUAGCCCUGUUGCCUUUAAUGAAGAAUUUCAAUUCUAAUUUGAAUUUUACGUAUUGAUUUGUAUUUAAUAAUGAUGAGCAUGGCUGAUAGUAUUUUAAACUUUACAAGAAACCCAUCCAGUUGUUUAAAGGGGUGAUAUUAAAUAUAGUCAUUUGAAAAUGCUUUGUAAUAAUUUUGCACACUAAAGUAUAUAUGUUGUAAUCAAUCACAAUUUUAUAUUCAUUUUACUUCAGUUUUCCUUUGUCACUGAAAUAUCUUUAGCUGCUUACCUGGCAUAGUGUAAAACUAUUUGCAUCUUCUGUAUUAAUGCAAUUGAGAAUUUUUCAUAAGCAUUUAGUAGUUUUAUUUUAAAACUCGGCAUUUAAUUCCUCACAAAACCAAAAAUAUUUGUGGAAAAAUAUUAAUGCCAUUGUCAUUCAAAUGGUUUUAGGUCCUCCAUUUUCAGAGCUCUGGGUGUUUAUUUUUACUUUUACUUUAAGACAUAUUAAAUGUAUAUGCUCAAAAGUUCAUGAUUUGAGGUGGAAAUCUCCCCAUUCCUGUGGUUUGCUAUGGAUCCCUCACACAUUGAUUAGUUUGUCACUUAGUAUUUUCCUUACCUAAUGGUAAAUAAUUAUUCAACAUUUACUGCCCUUUAUUAGCCAUGUUGUUUGUUGUAUCAAUAAAGAAGUCGAGUACUAUCACC